AUGAGCUAUCAUCCUCGUAGGAUUUUGCCACCUGGCGCUUCCAAGAAGCGCAAGGAGCGAGAGGCAUUUUAUCCGACGAAGCCAUUGUCUUUGGCUCAGCUCUCAGCUAAGCCGGCUUUAAAAGCUGAUGAAGAGUCCGUUUCUUCUAAUCGGUUGCUGGCUGGGUACAUGGCCUACGAGUUUUUGACAAAAGGCACUUUGUUCGGGCAACGAUUCGAUCCGGCACGUGCUGAGGAGGUGCCUUUAGCCGGCGGCUCGGUCCAAUCUAAGAGAGGGAAGCCGGGAUGGAAGAAAGAGCACAAUAAGAGUUAUGCUGAGGUGGCAAGCAUAUUGAAGACCGAUGGGGCCCACAUCACGGGUAUCGUUAACCCUAGUCAACUAGCUAGGUGGAUCCAGCAGUGA